CCUGCCCAAAGGCUGGUAUAAAUGGCUGACUGGAGAAAGAAAUUUAGUUCACUUUCUCUCUCAAAUGAUGGACUAGCUACCAAAUCAAGCCAAGAGCAAGAGAGAUGUGAAGCAUCUGUUGCAAAAUUAUUCAAAUCAUACAGAGACAAUCCAGAAGCUGAAAAAAUAUAUUUGUUUCGUGAGAUUCAUAUUGCUUAUUUGGAAAGUGGCAUUAGGAAAUUGCCAUAUCAUUUUGAGUGCUUGGAUGCCAGCAGGCCGUGGCUGUGUUAUUGGAUAUUGCAUUCCUUGUCUUUGUUGGAGCAUGAAAUCUCACAAGAUUUGACCAGAGAUAUAAUCGAUUUUUUAAGAAGGUGUCAAUCACCUCAUGGUGGGUUUGGAGGGGGUCCUGGUCAGCUACCUCAUUUGGCUCCAACUUAUGCAGCUGUGCUUGCUUUGUGCAUACUUGGGACUAAAGAAGCAUAUGAUAUCAUUGACAGACCAUCAUUGCAGCUCUUUUUGUCUCAAAUGCAUCAACCUGAUGGAAGCUUUAUCAUGCAUUUUGAUGGUGAGGUGGAUGUGAGAGGAGUUUACUGUGCCCUUGUUCCGGCUAUACUCACAAACACUUUAACUGAUGAUAUGAUUAGUGGUACAGCAGACUGGGUAGCAAGUUGCCAGACUUAUGAAGGGAGUUUUUCAGCUGUUCCUGGGACUGAGGGACACGGUGGCUAUGCCUUUUGUGCAUUUGCUUCACUUCUUUUGCUGAAAAAGCAGAACCUCUGUGACAUUCAUCAACUACUUAAGUGGGCAUGCCACAGACAGAUGUCAGUAGAAGGAGGAUUUCAGGGUAGAACUAAUAAACUGGUUGAUGGUUGCUAUUCUUUUUGGGUUGGAGGACUCUUUCCUCUUAUUUAUAUGUCAUUGAAGCAUUCUGGAGACAAAGGAUUACAAGAUAAUCUGUGGCACUUUCAUCAAGAAUCACUCCAAGAGUAUAUACUGUAUUGCUGUCAAUAUCCUAGAGGUGGGCUGAUGGAUAAACCAGGAAAAGGUAGAGAUUAUUAUCACACUUGCUAUUGUCUAAGUGGUUUAUCAGUAUCACAGCAUUGCUUUGGAGGGAAUGAGACAAUCAAUAUUACAGACAAUAAGAAAGAUCUUUUGAUAUCAACGCAUCCACUCUUCAAUAUACCAGUGGACAAGGUUGAUCAAGCAAUGGAGUAUUUCACUCAAGCACCAAAAAUAUCAAUUCUACAACAAACUGAAAGAAAAACAUAAAUCAAAUUCUAUUUUAAUAUUCAAUUGUUCAAAAUUAAA